AUGUAUACUUAUCUAUCUAUCUAUCUAUCUAUCUAUCUAUUCAUCAUCUAUUCAUCUAUCUAUCUAUUCAUCUAUGUCUACUUCAUAUCUAUCUAUCUUUCUAUCUAUCUAUAUAUCUAUCUAUCUGUCUGUCUUUCUAACUAUCUAUCUAUCUCAGCCAAUUCAGAACGACCAUCAUCUCACGAAUGGGCCGCAUCCCAGAUGCAUCAUAGAAGCCGGCAACUUUUCCAUCAAUUUAUAGUAGACAUGGCUGCUAAGAUGGAAUCCGAAAGACUCUGUUACAUUAAAUUGAAUCAGACCAAGUUGCGCUGCGACUCUUACAUUCACUUCCGUGAUGCUUUACGAAAUGACGCUGAUCCACGCAAUAUAUUCAAGAUGUGCAUACUACCUGCAACGUUCACAGGCAGUCCACGAUACAUGCACGCGAGGACGCAAGACACGAUGACAUACGUUCGUAUGUACGGCCGACCAGACCUAUUCAUAACUUUCACGUAUAACCCAAAAUGGUACGCAAUUGCUAAAGAACUUAUACCAGGGCAAUCGGCCUACGACCGUCCAGACCUCAUUGCGCGCGUUUACCAUCUGAAGUUGGGAAAGCUGAUGGAUGUGAUUACAAAGGGCCAGUUUUUUGGAGCUGUUUGCUGUCGCAUGCACACUAUUGAGUGA